ACAGUGGACUUUUGUGUCUCACACAAACCACAAGCUGGAACACUUCUGGAACAGGACGGACACUCACUCUGGGCGCAUCGGACUAAGAUAUGAGACUCUGUGCCCGGCCUGGAGAGCUGAGUCUCCACGCUGCUACCCUGCUUCUUCUCUUUCUGCUUCUGGCCUCCGUCCACGUGGGAGCCAACAACCAAACGCACCAAGGCAGAAAGAGACACUACUACAUUGCUGCUGUGGAGAUAGACUGGAACUACCAGGGCAAUGACAUGCAUGGAUUUUUGCCCCCGUACAAGAAGGUGGUUUUCCGGGAGUACGAGAAAGACUUCACACGGGCAAAGAUUCAUCCGCCCUGGUUAGGUCUACUUGGACCGACUUUGAGAGGCGAGGAGGGCGACACCAUUGUCGUCACUUUCAGAAACAUGGCUACACAACCGUGCAGCCUCCACCCACACGGCAUCGCUUACGGGAAGCAGUCUGAGGGAGCACACUACUUCGACAACACGUCUCAAAAAGAAAAGGAGGACGACGUGGUGAGGCCCAACAGAGAGCACGUGUACAACUGGGAGGUGACGCCGGAGGUCUCGCCCAAACCGGACGACCCCGCCUGCCUCACCUACUCGUACGUCUCUCACAAAAACGUGGUGGAGGACUUCAACGCGGGCCUCGUCGGCACUUUGUUGGUCUGCAAGCACGGCAGCUUGGACGAGACUGGAAAGCAGUCUGGCGUAAACCAGGAGCUGGUCUUCCUCUUUGGAGUCUUUGACGAGAGAAAGAGCAUCCAUAAGCCCUCGUCUUUCUACGACGACUCAGAACACCACCUCCACUACACCAUAAAUGGAUACACGAAGGGGGCGCUGCCUGGUUUGAGCGUGUGUGCGUAUUCCUCCAUUAGCCUUCACCUGCUGGGCAUGAGCUCCGAGCCCGAGCUGUUCUCGGUGCACAUGAACGGGCAAGUGCUGCAGCAUAUGGGCCACAAGGUGUCAGCGUUGGGCCUCAUCAGCGGCUCCUCCGCCACCGCCAGCAUGGUGUCGGUGCACACCGGGCGCUGGAUGUUGUCGUCGCACGUGGUCAAGCACAUUGAAGUGGGCAUGCACGCCUUUGUGGACGUGAAGCAAUGUGAAGCUUUCAAAGCACCCCAGCGGAGGAUGACCCUGCAGCAAAGACGUGAGAGCAAGGAGUGGAAAUACUACAUCGCAGCUGAGGAGGUUUUCUGGGACUAUGCACCCAAAAUGCCGGCGCACAUUGAUGAGAGCUACAAGUCCCAGUACCUGAGACAGUCGUCUACACGCAUCGGUAGGAAGUACAAGAAGGUGGUGUACACGCUGUACAAUGACGAGUCCUUCACGGAGCGCAAUGAGAACAAACUGAAGAAAAAGGAGCUCGGGAUCUUGGGCCCGGUGAUCAGAGCGCAAAUCCGAGACGUUAUCAAGAUUGUGUUUAAGAACAUGGCCUCCAGGCCAUACAGCAUCUAUCCACACGGACUGACAAUCAAAAAGUCACAGGAGGGGGUGAACUACCCCGAAGGAGGUACAGUGUGCCUCUUGUCUCCAUUCACAACAGGAAACUCUGGAAACUAUAAGCACAUUCCUGCAUGGUUUCCAGGCAACCACUCACACGCUGUCCAACCGGGCAACACACACACAUACGAGUGGCGGGUGGUGGAGGAGGAUGAGCCUCUGAAGGGAGAUCCCAGGUGUCUGACGCGGAUAUACCACAGUGCUGUGGACACGCCGCGAGACAUCGCCUCAGGUCUGAUCGGACCCCUCCUCAUCUGCAAGAGUCAGUCGCUGAAUGUCAGGAACGUGCAGGUAAAAGCAGACAAGGAGCAGCAAGCCAUGUUUGCUGUGUUUGACGAAAACAAGAGCUGGUACCUGGAUGAUAACAUUCGUGGAUUUUGCGAUCCUUCCCGAGUCAACAAGGCAGACCCUGGCUUUUACAAGUCCAAUGUCAUGCAUACAAUAAAUGGCUACGUGUACGAGAGUGGGCCACUCUUGGGCUUCUGCAAUGGUGAUGUUGCAAAGUGGCAUGUGACCAGUGUCGGGGCGCAGGACUACAUUCAGACAGCGACAGCCUACGGGCACACAUUUGAACUGAACAAGCGCAAGGAGGACAUCCUCAGCCUCUAUCCCAUGACAGGGGAAACCAUUACGAUGAACAUGGAAAACAUUGGUGUUUGGCUUAUGGUGUCGCUAAAUUCCCACGAGACAACUAAAGGAAUGCGCUUAAAGUUUCAGGAUGUCGGGUGCUUCCGUGACCACCACUAUGAGUACGACGACGAUGGGCCGGAAAAAAAGUUUGAUUCGUGGAAGCCUCUAAGCUUAGACGAAAUCAAGAAAAAGGAGGCGGAAAAGGAAAAGCAGAGGCUUCAAAUGUCAACGCAUGCUGCGGAGGAAACCGAUCACUACACUGAGUUGAUGGCAAAUGAAUUAGGACUCAGAACGCUGACGAAUAAACUCAAGGAGUUCGAGGGGAGUGUGGAGAAGCUAGACUUGUCUUUCCUGGACUAUGAUGCCAUUGAUGUGUUAGACGGAAAAGUCAGGAAUGCAACAUUGAUGACUAAUAGCACGAAAAACACAAUAGAUGAUAGUCCCAGUUUUGAUAAUGAAACUGCCUCUAAGAGUGACGAGACAACACUUAACAACGCUAUAGCAUCGUUAAAUUACGCAAACGGAUCCACGGGGUCGUAUAAUCUGACAGUACCUUCCCACCCAGAUACACAGUCGAACCAUUCAUCGUCUAAUACAACUGUUAAUCAUAUUAGGAGACUGGACCUUAAAAACAGGACCAUGUCUGAUGUUGUCCUAAGAGACAACGCAGCUACUGUUGAUGAGGAUGGACCUCAGAUGUACUUAUCUAAAGUUCUGAACCCACCAGACGAUUUAAUCUCGAAAAAUAUCAAGGUGAAUUCAACCCAAUCCCAUUCAUCAAAGAAUGUAACCCAGGAGACCUUUCUAGAUCAGUCAAAUGCUACAUCUUUUUUUUUCAACGGGACUCAGAUCUUAGGUAAUCCGGCACUCUCCGGUGGCCUUCAGAACAGCUUCGAGAAAUUAGGUGAUUCGGAAAGCACCGAGGAAGUGUUUAUAUACCUCGAACAAAACCACACGGAGGUGAUUAAAACCACAAGUGUAAAGACAAAGAGUCAUAACUGGACCUACGACGGAACUCACCAAAAGGUACAAAUGCCGCUUCCAGACCAUAUGGUGAAGUACGUGCAGGAACAAACAACCCCAGCACCCAAAAAGAUCCGGAGGGUCGUAUUCCGACAGAAGCCUCUUAAAGGCCUGGGCAUAAAAGCAAGAAGGAGGAAAAAAUAUAACCCUCUAGUGACAAAUGGUUUACCAUUCUCUCCUCGUGGAUUGAACCCUAUCCUGAGCCCACGAGGGUCACGGCCAAUGGAGGCAGUUUCGGAAGAGGAGGAGCUGUUGAACAAGCCUAUCGUCAUCGGUGUGCCGCGUCCUGAUUUCAGCGACUAUGAGCUUUACGUUCCGAGAGACGAGUCUCAUCUUUCAGAUAUAGAUGAUUCUAAAGGAGAUGAAUAUGAGUUUGUGAACUACAAAGACCCUUAUAUAGACAUCCAGCAGAUUGACGACUUCACGCAAUCAGGCCCAAAUGUCAAGAUGUACUUCAUCGCUGCAGAGGAGGUUGAGUGGGACUAUGGUGGUUCUGGACAGAAGAGGCAAGAAAGAUCUCAGCUAAGCAGCCGGCACACAAAGUUCAAGAAGGUGGUAUUCCGAGGUUACCUGGAUGGGCUCUUCAGAAUACCUGAAAUCCGAGGCGAGAAGGAAGAGCAUCUUGGUAUCCUGGGGCCUGUCAUCAAAGCGGAGUAUGGACAAAGCAUCAUGGUGGUGUUCAGAAACAAAGCCAAUCGACCGUUCUCUUUACACCCAAAUGGGGUUUCCUAUACCAAGCAGACAGAAGGUCUGUCCUAUGAGGAUUCCUCCACGGCAUCAUAUAAAGGCGACAAUGAGGUUCAACCGAAUAGCACCUUCACAUAUAUCUGGAAAGUCCCUCGAAAAGCUGCCCAUACACCAGAUGAGCCUCACUGUCGGACAUGGACGUACUAUUCCGGUGUUAAUCCUGAGAAGGAUAUCCACUCUGGCUUGAUUGGGCCUUUACUAGUAUGUCCAAAGGGAACUUUAAACAACAUGACGGACACGAGUGAGUUCACACUGCUCUUCAUGACUUUUGACGAGUCGCAGAGCUGGUACUACGAGACGAAUAGCGAGACCGUGCAGCGGGUAAACCGGAGGAGAUAUCAGGACCCUAAUGUCAAAGAGGACCUAAAGUUUCAUUCCAUCAACGGCAUCAUACAUAAUCUCAAGGGUCUGAGGAUGUACACCAAGCAGCUCGUCCGCUGGCACCUCAUCAACAUGGGAUCUCCCAAAGACUUCCAAAGCAUCCACUUCCACGGACAGACGUUCCUCCACCAGCAGGCUACAAGCAACAGACAUGGCGUCUUUCCACUCCUUCCUGGAAGCUUUGCUACCUUAGAGAUGUACCCGUCCAAGCCUGGCCUAUGGCAGCUGGAGACGGAAAUUGGCAUCAACCAGCAAAGGGGGAUGCAAACGCUUUUCUUAGUUCUCGAUAAUGACUGCUACCGCCCUCUGGGCCUGGAAUCAGGCAGUGUGAAAGACGUACAGAUCACCGCCAACAUCACUCGAGGCUACUGGGAGCCACACCUUGCCCGACUGAACAAUAAAGGCAAAUACAAUGCAUGGAGCACAGACCAGAACAAUUGCUUUAUUCAGGUGGACUUUCAGCGGCCGGUUGUGAUCAGCCAGGUGGCCACACAAGGAGCCAAGCAGCUCUUCCACUCGCAGUUUGUGACCAAUUACAGCAUCUCCUACAGCAACGACCGCAGGAGGUGGAGCGUCUAUAAGGGCGAGAGCAAAUACCCGGUGAAGGUGUUUGCUGGGAACCAGGAGGCCUACCAGACGACGACAAACACCCUUUUCCCACCUGUGAUCGCACGGUUCAUUAGGCUCCACCCCCUCCAGUGGUACAACGCGGCCACGGUCCGCAUGGAGUAUUACGGCUGCGAGCUGGACGGCUGCUCUGUGCCUCUGGGGAUGGAGAACGGACUUAUCGAGGACCAAAGUAUCACGGCCAGCUCCACGUCCUCCAACUGGUACCUGGGACUGUGGUUGCCCUCGUAUGCGCGCCUCAACAAACAGGGCACCGUCAACGCGUGGCAAGCUAAGUACAAAGACAUGAAGCAGUGGCUUCAGGUGGAGCUGCCAGAAGUCAAGAAGAUCACAGGCAUCAUCACGCAAGGAGCCAAGUCUCUGGGGAAGGAGAUGUAUGUCACCUUCUACGUGCUCCAGUACAGUGAUGACGGAAUCCGAUGGAAUGACUAUUCCGAAGACCAGGAGCAACUGCCGAGGAUCUUCCGCGGGAACGACGACAACAAUGAGCACGUGAAGAAUUUCAUCUACCCGCCCAUUUUUUCCCGUUUUAUCCGAAUCGUUCCCAGAAACUGGAAGGGCUCCAUCACAAUGCGGGUGGAGCUGUUGGGAUGCGACUUUGAGUGACGACUACACCCACGGGUCACUUCAUUAGGUACACCUCCGCGAUCAAAUGCAGAUGCGGGUGACAACAAUGACUGACACUGGCAGAACAAUGGAGUCCGAGCUGGGAACCAAAACAGUAAACGCAUGGACAGUGUCGCAUUCACACGUGCUUGUAACUUCAGAUUGGACAAAAAUUAUUUUUUAUUUUAACUUAACACCCCCCACCCCCGUGUUGAAGGCAAUGAUCGUUAUAUACGUCUCACCAGACGCUAGGCCAGGGGUCACCAACCUUUUUGAAACCAAGAGCUACUUCUUGGGUACUGAUUAAUGUGAAGGGCUACCAGUUUGAUACACACUUAAAUAAAUUGCCAGAAAUAGCCAAUUUGCUCAAUUUACCAUUAACUCUAUGUUAUUAUUAAUAAUUAAUGAUAUUUACACUUAAUUGAACGGUUUAAAAGAGGAGAAAACACGGAAAAAAAUGACAAUUAAAUUUUGAAACAUAGUUUAUCUUCAAUUUCGACUCUUUAAAAUCCAAAAUUCAACCGAAAAAAAGAAGAGAAAAACUAGCUAAUUCGAAUCUUUUUGAAAAAAUUUAAAAAAUAAUUUAUGGAACAUCAAUAGUCAUUUUUCCUGAAUAAGAUUAAUUUUAAAAUUUUGAUGACAUGUUUUAAAUAGGUUAAAAUCUAAUCUACACUUUGUUAGAAUAUAUAACAAAUUGGACCUAGCUAUAUUUCUAACAAAGACAAAUCAUUAUUUACAAACAUUUUAAAAGAAAUUCAAAAGACUUUGAAAUAAGAUUUAAAUUUGAUUUUACAGAUUUCUUAGAUUUGCCAGAAUAAUUUUUUUGAAUUUUAAUCAUAAUAAGUUUGAAGAAAUAUUUCAGAAAUAUUCUUUGUCGAAAAAACAGAAACUAAAAUGAAGAAUUAAAUUAAAAUUGAUUUAUUAUUCUUUACAAUUAAAAAAAAAUGUACUUGAACAUUGAUUUAAAUUGUCAGGAAAGAAUAGGAAGGAAUUUAAAAGGUAAAAAGGUAUAUGUGUUUAAAAAUCCUAAAAUCCUUUUUAAUGUUGUAUUUUUUCUCUAAAAUUGUCUUUCUGAAAUUUAUAAGAAGCAAAGUAAAAAAAUUAAUUAAUUUAUUUAAACAAGUGAAGACCAAGUCUUUAAAAUAUUUUCUUGGAUUUUCAAAUUCUAUUUGAGUUUUGUCUCUCUUAGAAUUAAAAAUGUCGAGCAAAGCGAGACCAGCUUGCUGGUAAAUAAAUAAAAUUUAAAAAAUAGAGGCAGUUCACUGGUAAGUGCUGCUAUUUGAGCUAUUUUUAGAACAGGCCAGCGGGCGACUCAUCUGGUCCUUACGGGCGACCUGGUGCCCGCGGGCACCGCGUUGGUGACCCCUGCGCUAGAUCAACGUAAUUGUUAUUAUUGCACAUUUACGAUAUUGUCCCCAAUUGUUACAGUUCCGUUGCACAAGUUAUUGCGGGAUAUCUGUAAAACUUAAAAAACAGUUAUUUCAUUUUAGUGUUGAAUGACUUUCAUGGUAUAUUCUGUAUUCAUAUAAACAAAAAUGUUUGCAUAUGCUUGAUGUGGCUACGUUGUGGUCGUCUACGACACUGUGCUUCCGGUUAUCUUUGUAAAGGCAACAUUUUUGUUGAAUGGGUGUCUUUUCUCAGGAAAUGAUAAAAAUGAUAGUCAAAGAUCAUUUGUUAUGACAGGAUGUUGUUUUAAGGACAAACUGCAAAAAUUAUAGUGAAAGAUCCACUAUUGUGACAAGACUUGUUUUAAGGACAAAUCGUAACAUGAUAGUCAUAGAUCCUCUCUUAUGACAAGAGGUUGUUUUGAAGAAAAACUGUAAAAAAAUAUAGCCAAAGAUUGUGUCACUGAGAUAGGCUCCAGCGACCCGACCCCGAAAGGGACAAGCGGUAGAAAAUGGAUGGAUUGUGUAUUCUGACGGGAUGUUACUUUUAAGGACCAACUGUAAAAAUGAUAGUCAAAGAUCCUCACUGGAUGUUGUUUUAAGGACAAACUGUAAAAAUGAUAGCCAAAGAGUGUGUAUCCUGACAGGAUGUUAUUUUGAAGGACAAUCUGUAAAACUGAUAGUCAAAGAUCCACUAAUAUGACAAGAGUUGUCUUAAGGACAAACUGUAAAAAUGAUAUCCAAAGAUUGUGUAUUCUGACAGGAUGUGGUAUUUAAGGACCAACUGUAAAAAUGAUAUUCAAAGUCCUCACAGGAUGUUGUUUUAAGGACAAUCUGUAAAAAUGAUCGUCAAAUAUCCUCUUUUAUGACAAUAGGUUGUUUUAAGGACAAACUGUAAAAAUGAUAGCCAAAAUUGUGUAUUCUAAUAGUCUAGGAUCCUCUAUUACAACAAGAGAGUGUUUUUAAGGACACGCU